CACCUUCUUUUUGGUUGCAAGUGAAUCGCCGGCCGGCUGGCAGUGACAACAAUGUUUCACCAUCUUUGAGGACUUUGGCGCUUUGGACUUGUCGCGUGCUCCAAAGUCGCUCCACCGAGUGCCCAAAAGCAACAGGAGGAGGAGGACCACGUGCGGCGAGAGCGGGAGCAGGAGCGGCGCUUUGAGGAUGUCCGGAGCGGAGGAUCAGCGAGAGGCGGACUGCGUGUGCUCCUUCGGCAUGAAGUCCACUUGGGACAUCAACGACCCCAAACUGCCUCAGGACAUGAAGCAGUUCGACCCGUUCCAGGAGUGGACGGACGGCUACGUGCGUUACAUCUACAGUGCCGAGGACAAGAACGCGCAGCGCCACCUGUCGGGCUGGGCCAUGAGGAACACCAACAACCACAACUGUCAGAUCCUGAAAAAGUCCUGCCUGGGCGUGGUGGUUUGCUCCCGAGGCUGCGCGCUCGCCGACGCUUCCCGACUGCAGCUGCGGCCCGCCAUCUGCGACAAGGCGCGGCAGAAGCAGCAGAAGAAACUGUGUCCCAGUUGCGGCGGCACUCUGGAGCUGCUGCCGUGCCGAGGCCACAGCGGCUACCCUGUCACCAACUUCUGGAGGGUGGACGGAAAAGCCAUCUUCUUCCAGGCCAAAGGGGUUCACGACCAUCCCAGACCGGAGUCCAAGUCCGAGACGGAGGCCAGGAGAAGUUCGGUCAAAAGACGCGUGAGCUCGCCGCCCUUCGCGCCAAAACGACGCCUGGUGGAAUCCCAGGCUCUUGGCCCCGCCCUGCUGUCCUGCGUCGAGUCCGCCGACCGCAUCUCCUUCCUGGAGCCGAGUUUCCCUCAGCAUUACCCCGCGUUCCAAAGUGCGGAACCCUACUACAACCACCACAAUACCCUGGGAGAGCCCUCCGCCGGCCCGCAAAAGACGGCCGCUCCCAGACUCUACGUGGGUCGAGGCGGCUACGAGUUCCAAGGCUACCUGAGCGCACCUUCCUACCCGGUCUCCUCGGAAUUCUGCGAUCCCAGGGCGGCUCCGGUCCCGGGCGGUCCGACGUCCUCGGGGUCCGCGCCUCUCUCGUCCUCGUCCUCCUCCUUCGAUCCGCCGCUGCCGAAACCGGGCUGGAAGGACCUGCUGAAGACUUCGGGUCCCUACGGCGACGGCCACCAUUACUACGGCCCGGACUACCCUUGCCGCUACCCGGGGAACCCCCCGGCUUCUCCGGCCGCGCUGCAGACCAUCAUCACCACCACCACCAAAGUGUCGUAUCAGCCGUGCCCGAAGGCCGCCGCCUACCAGUCGUGCCCCAAGGCUCAGUCCGGGCUCCCCGGCUGCUCCGCUCCGCCGGACGAGCCGUCGUCAUCGUACUCGGCCGAAGUGAAGGUGACGGAGGAGUCCGGCGGAGUCAUCAAGUCGCUUUCCUUUCAGCCCGAAGUGGUGCAGACCAAAACGGAGCGGGCGGACGCCUACGACUAUCGCUAUAGCUACGGCAACGGCUUCCGCUACGACGACUACUGAGGCGUCGCCCGUGCGCCGACGCCGGGAAGCUUUGAAGAAACCGGCGUCUUCUUUUGGGCUCCUUCGAACGGAAACGGAUUUGGAGAAAAACACGGGCCGCCUUUCCCCGCGUGACUUGACUCACGAUCGCCCAACGCCGCCGAAACGGCGAAGUCGGCCUGUUGCCGAGUUAGCGUGUUGAAGCUACGCGCGGCACGCUAGCCCGGACUCCAGAGGCGUGAGCGCGUGGCUUCCGGACUGGGCAUUUUUCGACAUUUCAACUGGAGGGCAAAGACAUUUUCGUCUUCGGACUCAAUGGAACCUAUUCCUUUGUUUUGCUCGGCUUGAGCGAUGACUUCCUUUCAUUUCCUGUGAGCGGCAAAAGCGUCAAUCGUCGCGACGACCCUCACGCAUCCAUAUUUAUUCACCAUCAAAUUCUUUGAUCGGGCAUAUUUUCCAUUCUAUGCGCGCGCACCCGCACAAGGACUUUCUGGUUGUGUUGUCUUUGACGUGGCAGAUGAUAAAAAGGUGAAUGUGAGCAAUGUGGUUGGCCCAGAAUGUGGGUGCACCAAAAACCAUUAAGACCAGAAUCUGUGUGUGUGUGUGUGUGUGUGUGUGUGUGUGUGUGUGGGUGAGCGCACACUAGAAAUGCGCGCGUAAUAAACGUGUGCGGAUGGGAA